UGGCGGAAUAACCCCUCUGGUAAACUUAUAAAUGUUCUGUCACCACAUCAAGCUGUAUUUUGCCUCACGAUUUUGUCCCGAUUGACGAACGCGUUUGACUAUGAUUGGCGCACACAGUCGAACUAGUCGAUCAACUCAAGUCCAGAUGUGGAGUUUCAUGCUUGUUUGCAUGGCAGUCCUGGGCCCGCCGCAGGACUGCACCCUUCAGCCUAAUGACUACGUCGCGAGAGAGGGCCGAGCGGAGCUUCAGAAGCUGCAAGGCUUUGCAGCGCAGCCCCGCUACGGCGCGUGCUGGUCGCGUGCGCUAGAGAAGAUCCAGAUGAGCUGCCAGGAAUUCACCGAGGAGACACAGAGCAAACUCGCGCUGGCAUUUACGCAUUGUCAUCUGCGCAGGUCAGACCGGCCAUUCCCCGAAUGCACAGACAGCAGCGAGGUUCGGGAGUGCACACGGGACAUGGACCCCGUCGCCUUCAACACCUACACAGAGUUUUUCACUCACGCUCACAGCAUCUGCCAUUACCUGCAGAGUGAGCGCUGGCAGGGCCAGGCGGAGAACACCAUCCACAGGCUGACUGAGAGCUCGGCGGGCGUGGCCGAGCAGCUGGCGUCCACGCGGCGCGUGGCGGAGGACCUGGUGGAGGUCCAGAGCGCGGCCUUGAAGACCCAGGAGGCCAUCCUGCGCAACGGGGAGGAGCUCAAGCACACGCUGCACGACUCCGCGCAAGGGGUCAGGGAGGUGUUCUCGCAUAUCCAGGACACGGCGCGGGAGCAGCAGCUGGCCUUCUCCGCCAUCUUCAGCCGCGUGGCGUACCUGCAGAGCUUCGUCAUGUCGGAGUCGCACACGCUGAGCUCCCUGCUGUACAACGCCCUGGGGCUGUGCGCCGCCUUCCUGCUCACCGCCACGCGCCGCACCGCCGGGGCCCGGUUAGUCCUUUUCGGCUUGGUGGCUGUGAAUGUGUACCUGGAGAGGACAAUAUGCAGGACCGUGCUCGAGUCUACAGACCCUGGGUAUCUACAGAUGGAGCGCGCCGCCCUGCUGGUGGGGCUGCUCCGGCGGGCCAUGGUUCUGCUCGGGCUGCUGGUGCUGGUGUACUCCGCCGCGCGGUUCCGCGACGCGAGGCUGGAGAGCCUGGAGAUCCUGGCCCGGCUGAAGGAGACCCAGUCCGACCUUCACCUGGCCUUGCAGCGAGCUGAAAGCCUCACAGAGGCAGCGGACGCGGUGCAAAGGAUGAUGGGACGGGUGGAGAGGGUGAGGGAGGAAAGCAGGAGGACUCGGGAGGAAGAUGGGGCUCUGGACAGGGUGGUGCACGAGCUGUCCGUCAUCCUGCCCACCCCCGAUCAUACCGAUGUGAUGUCCGUGUCGAAGAUGCCCUCCCUCUGUGACCCUACUGAGGCUCGCCAUGGCGACGGUGGCUCAGGACUGGCGCACGGCGCGGCGGAAAUCCCGCGCAAGCGUGGGCGGCGCCGGUCCUCGGCCUAUCAGCACAGCCCCUGCCCCGCCUUGGUCUACAGUGUGCUGGUGGAGGACAGUCAGUCACGCUACAACCUCCGGAGCCGCAGGUCCCUGUCCGGGGGGGCGUCACUCCUGGAGAUACACACCUGAACAUGCACACCUGAGAGCGCGGUCGCUAACCACGGGCGCUAACCGCGGGCGCAGUCUUCCUCAUCCCUGAGCGGUCGAAAUGGCAUGAUGGGUAUUAAUUCUGCCUUUUUUUUUUGGGCUGCCCUUAAAUCAGGUUUUUGCAGCUUAACACAUACUCUGUGCCAAUAAGGAUAAUGUGUACCAUCAUACGCUAGUGAACGGUGGUGUGAGCACGUUGAAUAUGUGUCUGAUAUCAAGUUGUCAGGAUUUUUGCUGGGUCAGGUGGACUCGGCUGUGUGUGCCUUUGUGUGUGCUGCGAGUGUUUUUACAAAUUGUCGUUUAAACUUAACUUAUAACUUAAUGACUGAACUGCAUGUGCCGUGCACAGAUCACACGUCAGGUCUCAUCCAAUCAGUGGUUUUGACCUUGUUUUUUUAAUGUGGUGUUCACUUUGUUUUUAUCUCAAUAAAUGUCACGUGAAUAAAUAAAUAUUUUAUCUAAAUAAAUAUCUCCCCAUAACCUCUUAGAGUAG